AUGCAUUUGGUUCAUAAAUUCUUAGCCCCCUCUCAUGGCGGAGAGCUCAAACCCAUCUAAAACAUCAGCUAAUGACCCAUCUCCUCCAACCAACCCAUCCGUUCAAAGGCCAGGUUCAGCGUUGAAGCUAUUUGGUUUCAAUUUGACCGAGAGCGAUCCAACUGAGGACAAAACACAAACAUGUGGUGAACAUAGAAAAUUCCAAUGUCAGUUCUGUGGUCGGUUAUUCACCAACUCUCAAGCUCUUGGAGGUCAUCAAAAUGCACACAAGAGAGAGCGUCAAAGAGCAAAGCAGCAUGCCCAGCAGGGCAAUGAUCAACAAUCCCUAGCGGCUGCACCAAUUCUAAGCUCUCACUCAGUGAGAUCAGUACAUUCAGGAGGUUUUAACGUCACUGGGUCUGCCGCUAAGUUUGAUUCAAAAGCCAAAAUGGACAUUUCAUCACA